AGGGGGCAGAGCUGAGCUGGGCCGCGCCGCGCCGAGCCGAGCGAGGAGCUCCGCACCCCGCGCCGCACCGGCCUCCGGCCCCGGCGGGAGCCCGCCGCGUCCCGGACCGGAAGAAACUGAAGUGAGAAAGAAGUGACUGAAGAAGAAAUUAAGGAACGAUUUGAAGGAACAGAUUCAUUUAUUAACACGAUCAAGUUUGAAUUAAAUGGCUGAUAAACAGAUCAGUUUACCUGCCAAGCUGAUCAAUGGAGGGAUAGCUGGGCUGAUUGGGGUCACCUGCGUAUUUCCCAUUGACCUGGCAAAAACUCGCCUGCAGAACCAGCAGAAUGGCCAACGGAUGUACACCAGCAUGUCUGACUGCCUCAUUAAAACAAUUCGGUCGGAAGGCUACUUUGGCAUGUACAGAGGGGCUGCAGUGAACCUGACUCUAGUGACACCAGAAAAGGCUAUCAAACUGGCAGCCAAUGACUUCUUCCGGCAUCACCUCUCCAAAGAUGGGAAGAAGCUGACACUGCUGAGGGAGAUGCUGGCAGGCUGUGGCGCGGGUACCUGCCAGGUGAUUGUCACCACUCCCAUGGAGAUGCUCAAAAUCCAGCUGCAGGAUGCGGGGCGAAUUGCGGCACAGAAGAAGCUGAUGGCAGCGCAGGCCCAGCUCUCUUCCUCUGCAGCGGGCGCGGCGGAGCCAGUGGUGGAAACACGCACCACAGCAAUGCAAAUAACAAGGGAGCUGCUGCGGAGCAAAGGCAUCGCGGGACUCUACAAGGGCCUCGGAGCCACGCUGCUAAGGGAUGUCCCGUUCUCCAUUGUGUACUUCCCACUGUUUGCAAACCUGAAUAAGCUGGGCCAGAAAGACCCCAAUGUCAAGGCUCCAUUCUACGUGUCCUUCCUCUCCGGAUGUGUGGCUGGCAGUACGGCUGCGGUGGCUGUCAACCCUUGCGACGUGAUCAAAACGCGGCUGCAGUCCUUGCAGAGAGGAGUGAAUGAGGACACCUACUCAGGAAUCCUGGACUGCACCAAGAAGAUCUGGCAGAAGGAAGGGCCCAUGGCCUUCCUGAAAGGGGCAUACUGCCGAGCCCUGGUCAUUGCUCCUCUCUUCGGCAUUGCACAAGUUGUCUACUUCAUCGGCAUUGCGGAGUUCCUGCUGGACAUGCUCCCCAAGCACCGGGCCUAGCUCCAGCACACCUGCGUGUGCCGUCCUGCCCUCUGCCAUGCCGAAUUCCUUGUGUUCAUCAUCCUUGUCGAUUGGUGUCAGAGCAACAGCACAAAGGGUUCGCGCAGGGAUGCUGAGGGGACAUGGUCUCCAGACGAGUAAACGCUGGGAGGGAGGCAGUCCCUUUUCUGUCUCAGUCUGGAACCUGUCCCCUCCUGCUCCUUCCACGGACAAUACCUAAUAAUGCAUUUUUUUCCUUUUUUUUUUUUUUUUUGUUUUAAAAUUGUCAUUCUUAAGGAUACUGGUAAGCACAGACUGGGCUUGCAGACCCAGAAGUCUCCUCCCAGCCUUGAGGAGGAAGAGGGAUGGGAAAGAAAUAACCUGAACCCUCAUCCACCUCAGGUCCCCUCUUUCCUCCUGGAGUUUCCAGCUAUCUGAGAAGGAGCUGGGGGGGCAGCUGUGUCCCCUCUACCCCUCCUCAGCUCUGCUGGCCCCAGGUUGAGAGCGGGCAGUGCGCAAAGGGAGCUCAUCUCAUCGUCACUGGAGGCACGGUGCGGAGGAUGCUGGAUCCAGCAAGUUCCUUGGCCUGGAAACCUUCACCCCUCCCUUCUACCUUUCUGAAAACGAGUUGGACUUAGAUGAACUUCUUGGAGAUCAGGGGAAGGGAAAGGGGAUCGUUACUAUUGAUUUUAUAAUUAUUUUUGUUUUAAAGCAAAGGGAUGUCCCUCCUAACUAGGUGUCACAGGCACAUCUGGGUGAGGUGCAGAGAUGAGAUGUCUGCUCUGUAGGGAACAUGUCUGGGAUCACAUGAAUGUCCAGAGGUGCUUCACUGCUUGGCUACAGUCAGGGGAGGGAGAGGAACUUGGAAUCAAGUUAUUUUUGUUCAGUGGUUUUUUUUUUUGGGUGGGGGGUGGGGGGGGUGGGGAUUGGGGUGGUGGUUGGGUUUUAUUUUUUUAAUGCAGGGUUAUGGGGAGGGGAAACCAAACAACAAGAAACCACUUACAUUCCUUCAGCCUGCCCGCCCCCAGGGUGAUAAAGCGGAGGCUGCAUGUGUAGAUUAGCUGAUUUUUAGUUUUUUCCAGCCUGGCCCCAGGUGUGUGAAAGGAGGUGCUGGCUCCGCUUCUGCGGUGCCCAACCUCGGGGAGACAUGCUAGAAAUGCUGCGCCUGUGUGCUCACCUUGCAAGGUGAAAACGCAAGGUCUAGUUGUGCUUUGGUGUUUGACUUGGGCGUGUUUGGAGUCAGCUGGUGUUAAAGAGGCAGAAGGUUCCCGCACCCUGAGCGAGGAGGUGUUUGCACGUAUGUGGUUACAGGGUGGAGUACUCUGGAUUGCGAAAACCCAUCAUCCUGCUCGCUUCUGGGGUGGUGAUUGCUGUUGGGUGGCAGCGGGCAAAGCCACACCUACAACCCACUCUGCCAAAGGAACGCUGCCCCAGCUAACGUCACCUGUCAGGGGACUUCCUCGUUCAGUACUCUUUUGGGCUGUGUAAUUAAUUUUAGUUUAAAGUGCAAGAUCUACCAACCAAGCGUGAUCUUCUCCAUUAUUUAUUCCAUUUGGUGCAAUCCACCCGACUUUGGUGUUUCAAUUAAACUGAUCAAAUUAACUUUUCAUUCCUUCUUAUUUUCACUUUGUUCUCCAGGCACUUGCUUGGUGUUUGUGUUUCAAAUGUGUAUUUAAAUUAAUUAAAAAAAAAAACACCCUGUUUUUAAUGUUUAAAAGAAAACCACCUCUGUUUCAAUGUUCUUGGGUUAGGUUUUUGCAGAACCUGUAUGUUGAGGGGCUUCUUCCUUGAUGCAUCCUUUUUCUCUUGAAAAAGUUGGUCUAUGGCUGAUUUGUUAACUUGUCACUUUGCAUAUGUGAAUAAUUUUAUUUCCUUCUUUCUUUCUUAAUGACUUCUCUGUAUAUCUGGGAAGGAAUCUGUGCAAAGAUGAUGGUAGAUGUCUGUGCUGUGUGUAGUGCUGUGAUGCUGCUCUUGCUCUGGAAUUCCCUUGGGUGGAUUAAAAGAGAUUCUUUUUUUUCUUUUUUUAA